AUGUCUACCUCUGCAUCUCAGAACAUCCCACCCAUCGCCCUCCCAUUUGUGUCGGAACGGGCGAAAAAGCUUUUGGAUGUGGUCGAAAAAUUCGUGCACGAAGAAUGCAUACCAGCGGAUCCGGUCUUUCUCGCCCAGAUUGGGACCGGCAAUGGCCGCUGGCAUGGUCACCCGUCCAUCAUAGAUGAAUUGAAGAAAAAAGCUCGUGCCCUGGGCAUGUGGAACAUGUUUCUUCCCAAAAAUCAUUACAAGGACGGCCCGCAAUUCACGAAUCUCGAAUACGCCUUGAUGGCCGAGUAUUUGGGCAAAAGUAGCAUAGCAAGUGAGGCCCCCCUCCAGGCAUGUAACUGCUCCCCACCCGAUACUGGCAACAUGGAAGUCCUCGCGCGUUACGGCUCCCCCGCUCAAAAGAAUCAAUGGCUCAAGCCUCUGAUGGAGGGCCAAAUUCGGUCUGCCUUCCUAAUGACCGAGCCUGACAUUGCUUCUUCCGACGGCAGUAAUAUUCAACUACGUAUAGAACGCCAUGGCGAUCACUACCUUUUGAAUGGAUCGAAGACGUGGGCGUCCGGCACCGGCGAUGAGCGCUGUAAGAUUUAUCUCGUCAUGGGCAAGUCGAAUCCGGACCACCCGGAUCCGUAUCGGCGACAAUCUAUCAUACUAGUUCCGUCAGACACGCCUGGGAUGAAGAUACACCGGAUGCUCAGCGUAUAUGGGUAUGACGACGCCCCUCACGGCCACGGCCAGAUCACCUUCACUAACGUCAAGGUGCCGCUCAACGCACUUGUCUUGGGCGAAGGCCGCGGCUUCGAAAUUAUGCAAGGUCGCCUAGGUCCAGGUCGAAUUCACCACGCCAUGCGCGCCAUAGGCGCCGCUGAGUAUGCACUGGAAUGGCUGAUCAACCGUCUAAAUGACGAGCGCAAGAAGCCAUUUGGCAAACAACUCUCGGAGCAUGGCGUCCUGUUGGAAUGGGUCGCCAAAUCGCGCAUCGAGAUCGAUGCUUCACGGCUCGUCGUCCUCAACGCCGCGAUCAAGAUUGACCAGAUGGACGCCAAAUUUGCGCUCAAGGAGAUUGCAGAAGCAAAAAUCAAGGUGCCUCAGGUCGCGCUUGAGGUGGUGGACCGAGCAAUUCAAGUACACGGCGCGGUGGGUGUGGGCCAGGACACCCCACUGGCGAGUAUGUGGGCGCACCUGAGGACGUUGCGGAUUGCAGAUGGGCCAGACGAAGCUCAUCUACACCAACUCGGCCGUCGGGAGAACAAACAGCGCAAGGACGAGGUCAAGAGACGCCUGGCCCAACAGCUGGCAAAGACCGAGUCCCUCUUCCAAUCCAUGGGCGUGGACCGCAACGAGUUGGGUAACGCCAAGUUCAACGCGAAGUUGUAG